AAAUUAUAUUAAUCCUUUACUACGGACUACGAUCACAGCGUCCGCAAUUUCUACGCGCAUUACCUUCUCAUAAAAUUAUUAGAGAUAUCGAGGCGCGUCGAUUUUUUCUUUUUAUUUUUUUUUUUUGCGACGCGCGACAACUCGCCCUUAUCGCUUUAUCCGCGAUAAGCGGAGAUUAGACCCAUAUGUCAUAGAGUGCUGGAUGGACAGAUAAACGGUGUCAUACCGUCCUGGUUUGACGAAGAGAUUGCGCCAUGCAAUAAUGCGAGAUACACUCCGUAUUUAAAAUUACAUCAUCGUCAUUGUAUAUUAAAUCUCUCUCUCCCGCAAAAAAAUACUCUUUCUCACACUAUCAAGUAUCAUUAAUUUUUAAGAUAAUGCGAUCUUUUUUCUCUUUUUCGCACCGGAUGAUGUGUUUUCACGGCGAUAAUUGCAUUUGUGCAACAAUUUAUAAUCUACAUAUAUAUAUAUAUGUGUGUGUGUGUGUGUAAAUUGUUGCAUAAAUAAAUACAGAUAGUGAGGGGAAACGUUACUUUAUCAAGUGCACUUAUAGCAAGCUCCAUUCGGUAGCACUUGUCGGUUAAGCCGCGGAUACUUCAUCUCGAGAGUCUCUUGUCAUUAACAAAUUGUGAGGUACAACCGACGAUCGAGUAGCAACAACAAUUGACCGAUUAUCUUUCUAUGGUUGUUGCCACUCUCAUUUGCAAUUCAGGGCGAGACACGAUCAGUCACGAUCCGAGAUUGUUUUCUGAAAUUUUUUAUUCUUAAUCUUCUAUAAUUUUUCAUGUUGAGAGGAUGUACUCUCGACGCGAUAAUUUAUGACAAUUAUCCGAGUAUACCAUGUAUACUGAUACCGAAAUUGAUCAACGAUUGAAACUGAAGUAUACAAUAACCAAAACAAUAUAAUUAUGAAAUAAUAUCGAUAAUAUGAUAAAAAAAAUACAUUCGUAUUUGUCAAAAUUAUGCUGUGUCAGCUUAGCCUGUAGGUAAAAAAUUCCAGCAUGGCAACUUAUUAUCUCUCGAUCGCGAUAUCUUGAAAUCAUUUAGUACGUGAUAAAUACAGCAAUUCACAAUUUUCUUCUUUUUCAUCACACAUAACUGUGUGCGAUUAGCAGACGGCAGAUAAAGAUUGCUCGUUUUCUAAUCAAGUGACACGUGAGUUGCAUAGACGAGCAACACAUUUGAAAGAUAUAUACUUUACAUUUAUAUAUAUGAUCCAUAAAUAAAAUCGCUGAAUGCCUUUUUAAUAAUAGAUUUUUUAUUUAGAGUUGACUUUUUAGUAAAUUUUAAUUUAAGACUUGGUUACAAAGAUAUAUAUAAUGCGAAAAGUUGGAAUAACGUUCCUUAACUUUCACUUUUUUGUAUCUGAAUUUGAGAAAUAUAUCGAAUAUUGAACAAACAACCUGUCAUUAAAAGGUCAUCCGGUUUUGAGAUACAGAGUGUAUAUAUAAAAUAUUAUAUAAAAAUCGUGUUUUAAUUUUAAUAUUAUAUAAUUAAGAUAAUCACACAUGUUAUUUUGUGAAGCACAUACAUAAUUACAUUCUUCAAUUUAUGAUCGUAAGAUUAAAGCAGAAUAAAACAAAUACCGAUAAGAAGAAAGCAUUAAUUUUUUUGGAACUUAUUUAAAUAUAUAGAUGUAGAGAAAUAUAUGUAUAUAUACGAUUAUAUACAGUGCGUAUUCGUUUCUCGACAGGUCGAAGAGACUCGAUAUUUCGGCGCCUCUGACGUUACCGAUUUGCGGUAGUCAAACUAAUCUAUGUAGGUGUUAUCACGCAGAUAACGUUGCCGGAGCUCCUAUCAGGUAGCCAUAUUUUUGAUGCAAUAUAUAGGUGAUCGAUAUAUCGCCACAUAGUUCUCAGUAAAGCGGCUAUCACGAGUCGAAUGAGAGUAAUUUGGUAUUCUAUCUCGCCAAUAAUUAUCAUUAUUAAAUUCCACUUUCGAGUGCCAAAAGAGAUUGGAAAAAAAGUGAGCCUUUGAACUUCAUUAUCGAGAAUCAUUUUCUACACCUUCCGUAUUUAGUGGCAGUCGCAUUAUUAUUUGCUCGAUUUUAUCAAGCAAUAUGUUUUUAAUAAAAUAUUGCAAAAUUGAUUUUUCAAAAGAAUUGCAACAUAUGUGAUUUAAGCGCGUCGCAUUGGAUACACAAAAGCUUCGUUCUUCUUCCUCACAUUCUGUUUCAUCGAAAAGCAAAAUUUGCAUCGCGCAAAAUCAUUACUCCAAGAUACGGGAUGAUGCUUCAACACGAAAUACACGUCGAAUUUUCGAGGAACGCGAGUAUGAAAUCACGCUGGUCUCUCGUAUCCGAAAAAAAAGGUACGCACUGAGACAAUAGGAAGAAUUUUUCUGGCUGCCCUUCCUGAUGUGUCUGUCGUGACGGUACUUUUCUGAUCUCCGCGGGAUAUUUCUCAACUUUUUCUACUGGACCCAUAGCCGGCACAUUCGGAACAACAAGAAGAGGAGAAAGUGAGAAAAAUGGCAGCUGGAUACGACGAUUGUUACGACGCUUCCUGGCAUCUAAUUCCGCCGGAUUACGUCAGCAACGAGGAGGAUUACAGGCUGCUGGAAAGUAUGAAAAUGCCGGCUAGGACAUCCGGUUUUGCCAUUAGCGACAUUUUGGAAUUAAACGAUGCCAAACCGUCGCAAGAGGAAACAGAUGUGCAAGGUGCCACGACGGUUCUGCCAACGGCAAGCGACGUGCCGUUAUCUUACCAACAAUUUUUGGAGCAUACGACCGCCAUGCUGCAACCGGCUAUGCACGCUAAUCUGAACAGGGGUACGUUGCCGCCACCCCCGCCUGGAUUAUUAGGUUGGCCAGCUGGACCAGCACUACCGACAGCGUUAUCUCAACCCUUGGUGGAAGAGGUGAAUGUUCUCCAACAACCGGACUCGACGAGCCCGGCGAUCUCGGACAUGUCGUUCCCGUCGCAGCAGGAGAACAGUCACGAGUCGUCCAAGGACGAAGAGUCGCAGGACUUCGAGGACGAACAGCAGGUCGGCAACGAGACGGCCCAGCCCCACGAGACCGAGCACAAGAAGCGGAAGCGACGCGUCCUGUUCUCCAAGGCGCAGACCUACGAGCUGGAGCGACGUUUCCGUCAGCAGCGUUACCUGAGCGCGCCCGAGCGCGAGCAUUUGGCCUCCAUCAUUCGUCUAACGCCCACCCAGGUGAAGAUCUGGUUCCAGAAUCACAGAUACAAGACGAAGAGAGCGGCGAGCGAGCGCGUCGAGGCCAGCGGCAGCGGAUGCUCGCCCAGGCGGGUCGCCGUACCAGUGCUGGUGAGAGACGGUAAGCCCUGUCAAUCCAAGCUGAUGGAGCCCGCGACUUAUCCCGGAAGCGGCCAGGUCCCCAUGACGCCGUACAUACAGAAAUAUUGGUGGUAGAAAAGAUCGGGCUGGGGGGUUGAAGAAGAGAGAAACGGUUCGCGCGGUGAAUGAUCAUUGCGCGAAUCAUCGGCGAUAAAGACGCUGCUGUGAUAAGAAGAUGUGAAAUAUAAUUGACAGACGGAUGUGAGAAACUCGAAAUGGAAAAAUUUCUAGCAAUGUUGAGCGCGAAGAGAGCACGAAAAUUCAUGAUGAUACACGAUAUAGUGUGUACGAUGAUUAUGUGUUAAUAUUUAUAAAUUAACUGGACAUCGUCGAAAAUACAUUCGGAAAGACAAAGAGUUGAAUCAACAAACAUGAAAAUUUAUAAUAUAAUUGAAAAUAAAUAUCUCAAUCAACUGAAAAGAGGAUGAAAGAAAAUUGAUGAAAGAAAAAUGUUAAUACAUCGGUUCUUUCAACUCUAUAUAUGUUUCUCGAUUUCUAGUGAAUAAUUGAUGCAUAUCUACUCGGACUCUCCUGAUGCAAUUCAAAUGUGCGACGAAAUUAAAGAGACACAUAGCAAUGACGAAAUAAAAAACUAAGUCCACUUACAAAUUACAAAAAGCGUGACCAGAUGACAACUGAAUAAAUUUAACUAUCGUGUGUAUUUCGAGACUAUCGAACUUGAAAAAGUACAACACUUCGAAUAAAGCACGACGUUUUCUAACAUUUCAUAAAAUACACAGUGUUCAAUGAUACUGACUUGUUAGGAAAAUGAAAAUAUUUAAAACAAUCGAUACCUUUUUAAAAGGAAGAUUAUUGUCGAAACUUGAUGCGGAAAAUUGCUGUUUUACGACAGCAAUAAAUAUUCAUUUAAGUCGGCAUAUAUUUUGCCGCGUGCGAUGAAAAAUGUCCACAGAAACUUUAGCAAAUGAGACGAAAAUUAAAAAAAACAUUCAAAAAUAUAGACGACAGAAUGUAUCCAUAAAACAUAGCAAGAAGAUAAAUUUAUUAAUAAUGUGGGACAAAUAUUCAUAAGAUAUAUCGCAAUCGAACUUUAAUAUUUCAGAAGACAAGCAAAUAUCACGAUAUAAUACUUUAUAAAAUUACUUACGUAGAACACAUUAUUGCGUAUAAAUGAAUAUUUAUCUAAAAAACAAAAUGUCGAUAUCGACAAUUCGAGGAAUGAUAAAACCUGAAUGUUCAAAAUGCAAGUAAAUGUGGAAGAUUAAUAAUGAAAAUGUAAAGUAGUUUAACGAAAAUCUAGAUAAUUAAAAAACUGCGAGCCCCUCGCUCGCAAUUCUUCAGUUUCUUGAAUUAAAAUAAACUGAAAUCCAGUGUGCUGCAAUUGAAAGUUCCUGCGGCUAGUGUUGAUAUUCAUAAAAAAAAAUUAAAGACAGUGCGAAUACCGUCGAAAACCAAAGAUCGAUUUCGCGUACGAGCUAAUUUCGCGUAUGAACUAAAGCUUGACGUGAAUAAGUAAAUUAAUUAUAGAUAUAAAAAACGUGUAGAAAAGAGUUUCUCAUUAAACGAUAUCGAUGUCACGUUCUUACGAGAUAAGGUAUUUGUACAAACUUGUUACCUACACAAUAUCCCGAUGACUUACGUAGAGUUCAAAUUUAGUCCUUAGAACGUGUGUUGUAGAAAAGAAUAUCGUAAAUGCAAAGAAUUUCGAUUUAAUCCUGAAGUGCACAAUGUCGUCUAACUACCACAUAAUUAAAUUCGUGCACAUUUAACGUCUUUUUUCGAACUUUUCGAUAAUAUAUCACAGGAGAAUGAAUUACUGCCAAUGAAUUAAAGUCGAAUUCGUGAUUCAAUUGUGUAUGUAUGUAUAUGUGUGUGUAUAAGAAGUAGCAUGCAGAGUUCCAAAAAGUCAUAAUCUUGAAAUUGGAAAGAUAGAGCGAUGUCCAGAAAUACUAAAUUUCGAAAUUUAAAAAUUAUGUGCAAAAAAUUUUAAAUAGUCAUAAUUUCCAAUUAAGACAAAUCAAGACAAUGUUCAGAAAUACAAUCUUUCUUAAAAAUAUAAAAUAGAUAAAACUACAAUUUCGAAAUCAGAUGAGUAAGUUAGUCCAAUUGAUUAAUUCAUAGCUAAUAUAUAAUUCUGCACGUAUUUUUCUCGUGUUCUUGAAAGAUUCACGAUAUAUGGUGUGUUUAAUAGGUUUUCAAAGAAUUUCACAUUCGCAAGAUAUAUAUAUGUAGCUACGCGUGGUUCUAUAUUUCUCGAUUAUCUGGUACGACAUUUUCUUUUCUCGCAAUAGAUUUUACGCGAAAGAGAGAACAAGUGGCCAGUUUGGACGAUACAUUUAAUGAAUACGUAUGUCAUCCUCGUAGCGUAAAAUUGAAUAUCUUCAUCGGAAUUAAAUAUGGUUUUUCUUAAUAAUUUUCUUGUAUAUGUACGUACUUGGAAAGAGUUAAUUAGAUAAGGAAAACUUGCUAUGAGAGCGGAAUGAUUUCGUUGAUAUUAACACAGACUUUGUAAAUUGUUAUCUUAAACUUAAAUUCUUUAUCUUAAAAUAGUACCUCGAUAAUACAUGUGUAUGCUGAUCAUGUUGCAUAAUUAUUAUGAUGUUGAUGUCAUAAUAAAUCGAGGAUGCAAAAUAAUACUGUGAGCAAUCGCAAGAAUAUAUUGCACAGUGUUUCGUCCUUAAUUAAUUAUAUAUAAGGUGUAUAUAUGUACAUUGUGUAUGAUACGUAUAGCAAACUAAUAUAUCAGAACCGUAUUUAAUAAAUCUGGAUCCUAAAAAAAGCAAA